AUGGUGAUCCUGCUCAACUGUGUGACCCUGGGCAUGUACCAACCCUGUGAGAACAUCGACUGCACCUCGGACCGCUGCCAGAUUCUGCAGGCCUUCGAUGCGUUCAUCUACAUCUUCUUUGCGUUGGAGAUGGUGGUGAAGAUGGUGGCUCUGGGGAUUUUUGGCAGUCGCUGUUACCUGGGAGACACCUGGAACAGGCUGGACUUCUUCAUAGUCAUGACUGGGAUGGUCGAGUACUCGUUGGACCUGCAGAACAUCAACCUGUCAGCUAUCCGGACUGUGCGGGUCCUGCGGCCCCUUAAAGCCAUCAACAGAGUGCCAAGUAUGCGUAUCCUGGUGAACCUGCUGUUGGACACCCUGCCCAUGCUGGGCAACGUGCUGCUGCUCUGCUUCUUUGUCUUCUUCAUCUUCGGCAUCAUCGGCGUGCAGCUGUGGGCGGGGCUACUGAGGAACCGCUGCUACCUGGAGGAGAACUUCACCCUCUCUUCAGGUAUGACCCUGCCCGCUCCGUACUACCAGCCGGAGGAGGACGACGAGCGCCCCUUCAUCUGCUCCCUGGCCUCCGACAACGGCAUCAUGUCAUGCACUGACGUGCCGGCGAGGCGAGAAGGAGGACGCACAUGCUGCCUGGACAGGGAGGACGCGCUCCACAGACAGUCUCUGGGCCUGAGUCCUGAGCCCAUGGCCAACGGCAGCGGCGCUGGUGAAGCACUGGGACUGUGCAUCAACUGGAACCAGUAUUACACUCGAUGCCACACGGGGAGUAGUAACCCACACAAAGGUGCCAUCAACUUUGACAAUAUAGUGUACGCCUGGAUCGUCAUUUUUCAGGUGAUCACUCUGGAGGGCUGGGUGGAGAUCAUGUAUUACGUCAUGGAUGCCCACUCCUUCUACAACUUCAUCUACUUCAUUUUGCUCAUCAUUAUCGGUUCGUUCUUCAUGAUCAACCUGUGUCUGGUCGUCAUCGCCACCCAAUUCUCGGAGACCAAGCAGCGGGAGCACCAGCUGAUGCAGGAGCAGAGGGCGCAGUGCCUGUCCUCCUCCACCCUGGCCAGCAUGGCGGAGCCGGGAGACUGCUACGAGGAGAUCUUCCAGCUGGUCUGCCACGUCCUCCGCAAGGCCAAGAGGAGGUCUGCAGCUUUCUACUACACGCUCAGGGGUAAGCCCCCUCCGGCUGGCAGUGGCAGGGGGACCAGGCGCGAGCACCGGCAUUCAAGGCACCCGAGAUCAACCCACUGUCCGCACCAAAGCAAGCAAGACCACAGCUCUCAGCCGCCGGCCAACUCCAUCAGUCUGACGGUCCCUCAGAGUCCUGACGACUGCCCCAUAUGUGCGCUAUCGCUGAAAGAGGGGGCGAGGGCCGUGGGGGACUCAGCCGACGCCGGGGAGGAAGGCGAGGAGGAUGUUGUGAAAGAGACGGGCAAGGAGGAGAACCAUCUAGAGGAGAGGGGAGAUGGAGAGAAAAAGAAAAAGAAGAAGAAGAAGAAGACGUGCUUUGGACAUUGUAGAGAUAUUUGGAAUGAUAUGAGGAGGAAACUGUGGGGCAUCGUGGAGAGCAAAUACUUCAGCAGAGGCAUCAUGAUCGCUAUUCUCAUCAACACCAUCAGUAUGGGCAUCGAACAUCACAACCAGCCUGACGAGCUGACCAAUGUCCUGGAGAUCUGCAACAUCGUCUUCACCAGCAUGUUCACCCUGGAGAUGAUCCUCAAGCUGACUGCUUUCGGCUUCUUCGAGUACCUGAGGAACCCCUACAACAUCUUUGAUGGGAUCAUCGUCAUCAUCAGUGUGUGUGAGAUCAUCGGGCAGGCAGACGGCGGUCUGUCAGUGCUGCGGACCUUCAGACUGCUGAGGGUCAUUAAGCUGGUGAGGUUCAUGCCGGCGCUCAGGCGACAGCUGGUGGUGCUGAUGAAGACGAUGGACAAUGUGGCCACGUUCUGUAUGCUGCUCAUGCUCUUCAUCUUCAUCUUCAGUAUCUUGGGGAUGCACAUCUUCGGCUGUAAGUUCAGUCUGAAGACGGAGGCAGGAGACACGGUGCCCGACAGGAAGAACUUUGACUCCCUGCUCUGGGCCAUCGUCACUGUCUUUCAGAUUCUGACUCAGGAGGACUGGAACAUGGUGCUGUAUAACGGGAUGGCGUCCACCUCGCCGUUUGCAGCGCUCUACUUUGUGGCUCUAAUGACAUUCGGAAACUACGUGCUCUUUAAUUUACUGGUCGCCAUCUUGGUCGAGGGUUUCCAAGCUGAGGGUGAUGCAAAUCGCUCCUACUCCGACGACGACAGGUCUUCUUGUAAUUUUGAGGAGAAUGAUAAGCAGAAAGACUCUCUGCAUCUCUCAGACCCAAAGAUCUGCACUCUAACCCCUAAUGGACACCUGGACUUGCCUGCGCUGCCCCCUUGUCUUUUCCAAGGAGAAAGGUUGACCUAUCCUCUCGGCUCCAGGAAGAACAGUGUUAUUUCUCUCGGUAGGGCCAACCUGGAGCAGCGGGCUUUGUAUCCAGGCCGAGCUUACCAAACCUGGGGUCGCCCGCUGCCUCCCCAGCCUCAGGCCUUGUGGGCCCGUCGAUCAAGCUGGAACAGCCUUGGAGGGUGCCGCCCCUGCUCCUCCUCAUCUCCCACGGCUAGUCCUGGCUUCACCCCGUCCCCCGCCCGGCCCUUCUACGGUUACGGCCUGGGUGCUCUCGGUGGCGUCGUCGGAGGAAGCCUGCGCAUCCGUGGUCCCCGCGCCUCUUCGUCCCCACACCGCCACCUCCACGACGACCUUCCAGACGAGGAGGAGUCUCUCCUCUCUCCUCCUGCCGCGGCUCCUCGCUCCCUUCACCUUCCUCAACCCAUGCUCCCCGGCCAGUUUGUGCCCAGGAGGGACCGCAGAGCUCUGUCGCUCGAGCUCCCUCACCUGCUGCAGGUUCCGGGACAGCCGCACCCUCCGCCCCCACCGCACCACCCGCUGCCCCCCAUGAUGCUCCACGCUCCCUACAGGAAGAAGAGCUUCUCUGGGGGGGUGGUAAUCAGUGGAGGCGGUGGGCUUGACAGUCUGGGUGUCUUAACAGGGGUGCACCAAGACUGCAAUGGGAAGACUCCUCUGUCUGCUCUCCUGCAGCCCCCUCCCAGAAACCAGACUGAGCAGGCUGGAGGGGUGAACCCCCAAAGCCAGCUGAUGGCUGACGUCUUCCCCCAGGUUAACAACCGCAGCAAGAACCAGGAGGACCUGGAUGAUGACAUUGAAUAUAGCUUGUGCUUCCGCAUCCAGAAGAUGUUGGAGGCGUACAGACCGGAGUGGUGUGAGAGCAGAGAGGACUGGUCUGUGUUCCUCUUCUCCCCGGAUAACAAGUUCAGACAGAUGUGUCAGUCAAUCAUCGCUCACAAGCUCUUUGACUACGUGGUCCUGGCCUUCAUCUUCUCCAACUGCAUCACGGUCGCUCUGGAGCGGCCCAAGAUACUGCAGGGAAGCUUGGAAAGAGUCUUUCUCACCAUCUCCAACUACAUCUUUACUGCGAUCUUUGUGAGCGAGAUGACACUCAAGGUGGUUUCCAUGGGGCUGUAUGUGGGGGAGCAGGCCUAUCUGCGGAGUAGCUGGAACAUUCUGGAUGGCUUUCUGGUUUUUGUGUCUUUGAUUGAUAUCGUCGUGUCCAUGGCGGGCGGGGCCAAGAUCCUGGGCGUGCUAAGAGUGCUCAGGCUGCUCAGGACACUGCGCCCCCUCAGGGUGAUCAGCAGAGCUCCAGGGCUGAAGCUGGUGGUGGAGACCCUCAUCACUUCCCUCAAACCUAUCGGCAAUAUUGUCCUCAUCUGUUGUGCAUUUUUCAUCAUCUUCGGCAUUCUCGGUGUGCAGCUUUUUAAAGGCAAGUUUUUCUACUGCUUUGGGCUUGAUGUCAAAAACAUCACCAACAAGUCGGACUGUCUGCAAGCCAACCACAAGUGGGUCCAUCAUAAGUACAACUUUGACAACCUGGGACAGGCUCUGAUGUCUCUGUUUGUACUUGCCUCGAAGGAUGGCUGGGUUAACAUCAUGUAUCAUGGCCUGGAUGCUGUGGGUGUAGACCAACAGCCGGUGACCAACAACAAUCCGUGGAUGCUGCUGUAUUUCAUCUCCUUCCUCCUCAUCGUCAGCUUCUUUGUCCUGAACAUGUUCGUCGGCGUGGUGGUGGAGAACUUCCACAAGUGCCGGCAGCACCAGGAGGUGGAGGAGGCCAAGAGGCGCGAGGAGAAGCGUCAGCGGCGCAUGGAAAAGAAGAGGAGAAAAGCACAGAAGCUGCCCUACUAUUCCAGCUAUGGCCAAUUACGCCUGUGGAUCCACACACUGUGCACAAGCCACUACCUGGACCUCAUCAUCACCUUCAUCAUCGCCAUCAACGUCAUCACCAUGUCCUUAGAGCACUUCAAUCAACCUCGUUCCCUGGAUCUCGCCCUGAAGUACUGCAACUAUUUCUUCACCUCCACUUUCGUGCUGGAGUCAGUACUCAAACUCAUUGCCUUCGGCUUUCGACGCUUCUUCAAGGAGAGGUGGAACCAGUUGGACCUGGCCAUUGUGCUUCUGUCAGUGAUGGGCAUCACCCUGGAGGAGAUCGAGAUCAGUGCUGCUCUGCCCAUCAACCCCACAAUCAUCAGGAUCAUGAGAGUGCUGAGGAUAGCCCGAGUGCUGAAGCUGCUGAAGAUGGCGACAGGAAUGAGAGCCCUUUUGGAUACGGUGGUUCAAGCCCUGCCUCAGGUGGGUAACCUGGGCCUGCUCUUCAUGCUGCUGUUUUUCAUCUACGCCGCCUUAGGAGUAGAGCUUUUCGGAGAACUUGUUUGCAAUGCAGACUACCCAUGUGAGGGUAUGAGUCGUCACGCUACUUUUGAAAACUUUGGCAUGGCCUUCCUUACUUUGUUUCAAGUCUCCACGGGCGACAACUGGAAUGGCAUUAUGAAGGACACAUUGCGGGAGUGUCCACCUGACCACGGCACAAACGUGGACUACGCCUGCAAUCCGAGCCUUCAGUUUAUCUCGCCCAUGUACUUUGUCUCCUUCGUGCUCACCGCCCAGUUUGUGCUCAUCAAUGUGGUGGUGGCCGUGCUGAUGAAGCACCUGGACGACUCCAACAAGGAGGCCCAAGAGGAGGCGGAGAUGGAUGCGGAAAUUGAGCUGGAGCUGGCCCAGGGCACCCUCUGUUGCAUGGGCGCCCCCGGCUGCGGGGGUGCAAAGAUGGACAAGGGACUGGUCAUUGCGGGAUCGGGGCCCGGGGGCCCGACGGGGGGGAAGGACAGAGGAGGUUCCCGAGGAGAUAACGGAGACGGGAUGAGGAAGAUGCGUCAUGCAUCAGCCGCCGCCCACUCAGGGGGGUACAACUCCCGUGACUCCAGCCUGUACUCACCAGCACAAGAGAGCCAGUGGCUGGACAGUGUAUCUCUCCUCAUCAAGGACACGUUGGAGGGGGAGAUGCUGAUGAUCGACAACCUCUCCGGUUCGGUCUUCCACCACUACUCCUCUCCUCCACCGGUCUGCAAAGACUGCAGGGGCCACCCACUAGAGCAGAUCAGGAUGGCAGAGAUUGAGCAGGCGUCGCUGAAGUCAGAGCAACUUUCAGACAAGUCCUCCUCCCCGGCGCUGCCAGAUGACCUCAGCCUGGACGAACACACAGCCUACCAGCUGUUGGCAAGAGAGUGCAAGGGGAGGUGCAGCAGUGAUUCCCGCAGCUCCGAGGAGGCCGGAGGAGGAGGAGGAGGAGGAGGAGGAGGAGGUCACCACACUCAGACGGUGGUGGAGAGUCAGGUGCAGGGGUCGGGCCAUCCCUGCCUCCUCGCCCUCAGUGCUGGUGGUGACGCGGAUCCUUCGCUGCAGGAGAUGGAGAUGCAAAUACACCAACCACAUAUGUGCUCACCUCACUGUAGCCCAGGUGGCGUUUCCAACAGCAGCAACAAGGGGAGGACUAAAGAUGGAGAAAGCGGCGCCAGUGGAGUUUCUCCUCUCUUCCAUCUGCCUGCAGAGUUCUUCCACCCCACCGCAGCCGCCAUCCCAGCACCUCCACGCAGCCGGAGCCUACGCCUGACGAGGGGCCUCAGGUUGACCUCCCCAGCCUCCUGGGCUUCGCUCCGCUCCCCGGGAGUCCGCAGCAAGAUGCUCUGCACGCAGUACCCCUCCCACAGUGACUCGUCCCUCGCCACAGGCAGCUCCGAGGGCAGCCUCCAGACCACUCUGGAAGAGGGACUGAGCUUCAGCAUCUCUCCACCACAGAACCUGGAGUUUCCCCUGCCGACAGCUCCGCUUCCGCUCGCGUGCCCCAUCACGCUGCCCGAAGACAGCACAGACAUUUCCUCCCCGGUCCGGACCCUGAGACCGAGGCCGAGCCCCUCGUCGGCCCUGACCCUCCAGGCCACAAAGGGGCAUCAGCGGAGCCAGAGCAGUGGGCGGGGAAGCACCAGCCCGGGCUACACCCGGGACGACUCGAUCGACCCUUCAGACGAGGACCUGGGCAUAGUCAUCGGAUCGUCGAUUGGCGGUUGUGGUUCCAGCCAAGCGGGGAACAGUGAACACUUGUCAGAGACGCUGAGCAGCUUGUCGCUGACAUCACUGCUGUCCCCCAGCUCUCUGGUGUACCCCGGGGGAGCGGUGAAGAAAUGUAACAGCACGGGCAGCCUGGACCAGGGGGGUUUGCUUCUGUCGUCCCGCUGCAGAGAGGGCCGCAGGGAGAUCUUGGGUCUGGAGAUCAUGGACCCUCAAGGCUUCUUGGCCAACCCCUGGACUGGGGUAUUAGUGGACACAAGAAGAGGAGAAGGAAGAGGGGAGCUGGGCGAUGGCGAGCAGGGCUUUAAAGGGAAGAGCUCAAGCCAAACAACAGUCGGGCCUUGUCGGAAGAACAGAUGAAACCGACUUUUCUCCUUUUUCUUUGUCCUCACCAUUCCUUGGAUCUAAUCCCAUUGCUGUCCUUCUCACUCUCUCUGCUCCCAUCGUGAGAGAGAGGCUCGAUGACACAUGAUGUCUUGAAUCCAGAACCAAACCCUCAUCUCGCACCCUCAACCCCUCUUCUAUACAUUUUGUGACAAGCCCAUGUCCAACUUUGCGCUAGCUUGGGGGAGUCGUUUUGGUUUUUUAGCCUGCUGGUGAAGAAAUGGCCUGCAGAGUUAAAACCCCAAGGGCUGAAAAUAGGUCCUUAAAGCCUCUUUGGGGGUUGUACCUGAGAAAAAGGACCAUGGAAGUGUUUUUGCUCAUUUUUGAAGAACAGGGCGUGCAUUUUUAUCAGGGAGUCAAUUGGAGCAGAGACAAAAGAGCUUAACCUCAAAGACACAGAAAGACGAUGCUCAGCGGGAAGUUUCCUUUUCUCUGCGUUGGCUUGGGGUUGAAGUGCAAAAAUAGAAGUACCAAAACUGAAAUAGCUAUUCAUACCAACAGAGGCUGUUUGAUGUGUUUUUCACUCGGAGGCAGUGCAGAAAAAGCAAGUGGAAGGAAGCUAAGAGAUGGCAGAACAUAUCAAGGGCGGAAGGAAAGGCUGGGGAAGGAGAAGGCAGGUGAUUUGUUUGGCCCGGGCGAGCAGGAGCGGAUCUAAUGUCCAUCUGCUCCGGCAGACGGAAACAACAGGUCCCGCUCACUCCUGCCACGGGACCUUCUGCUGGGUUCAGAGUGAAACGCGAGGUGGACGAGAGUUCAGGAGUGUGUGCUCGAUUUGUGUGUUUGUGUGUGUGUGAGAAGCACUGCCUCAGGUAUCCAAGGCAUGAAUUAAAAAUCAUCACUUCACCGUACCUCUGGAACAGGAGAUUGAUCAAAGCUGAUUGAUCAAAGCUUUGUGCGCCUCGCUGCAACUUACUCUCGAGCGGCGGCGGGAAAAUUAAAAAAGAAAUUGACAGAUCGCAGAGGUAGAACUGUGCAUGGAGUGAUUUGUGAAAUUGUUUUAUUUUUAUUUCUAUCUGCAGCAUCUGUCACUCGCUCAAAAAUAAUAAAAAAAGAGCUCAGUUGGAUGGAACGCUACAAACACCCUAUCACAAGAAACAAUAAUGUGUGUCUGGGGCCCGCCUUGUGUGCACCAAAAAAAAAUGUUUCACUGCUUCUUCAUAAAGUGAGACCUGAAAGCACACUCUUUUUGACGCCCCCCUUCCUCUCACCGUGCUUUAGGAUUCGAGCUGAACGGACAAACCCCUACGGGAGCUGUGAUGGACUCGACUGCAUGAUGGAAUUGCAUUUAACCAAGAUUUUUUUUAUAUAUAAGCAGAAGUGUAAGAAGAUGUCAAUUGUCGGGUGAUAACAUGAUUUCUAUUCCACUAUUUUUCUAGAAAAAAAGAGAGUAGGCACGUGCAAGUCUCGACUUUGUCCUCGUAUCAUUUAACCUGUACCGACUCUUAACGACUUGUUGUCUAGGACUUUUUUCUGUCUUGCCAGUGGCUUCCAGUUUUAUAACAUUUUUUUAAGGUGUGGACAGUGCAUAAAACAAAGAAGCAAAAAAUUCAAAUGAACUCUGUUGCGCUGAAGUGUUUGUUCCCCUCCAGCACAUAUCUCUCUGGGAACACUGGUUUCCUGUUUGAUCCUUUUUUUUUUUUUUUUUUUUUCUCCAAACGACGGAGUCCCAGAGGACAACCAAGAGAUGGGGAACAGCCAUAUUCACUCACAGCACACGAGGAUCGUUUCUAGCUCACAGACAUUUCCUGUUUGCACACAGGGAACUUGUUUGCUUUAAGCCUCCUAUGUUAAAAAAACAACAAAAAAAAACAUGAAUAGCUUCAACCAUCUCUAUGAAAGCUUUAUUUUGAGAGUUACACCACAUAUACAUAUCGAUUCUGGACACAUUUGUGUUCCUCAAGCAUGGUUCUGGGAUUGCAAUACAGUAUGCUUCUUCUUUAAUGCACUCAUCUCCUCGUCCCCUCGUCUCCUCACACAUACAGUCUGUUGUAGCAAACUCUUCCACACACCAUGGUUUAUACAUGAAUGGGUAAACGUUGCAUCUUUUUAAUGCAAACUCAUUUUUUGUUAUUCACCCCAUUCUUACCGGAGAUGCUCAUCCUUCCACCUGAGUUCUAGACGUAGAUUGUUGUAUCCUGAGUGUUUGGAUCAUUACCUUUUCUUUUUUUUUUUUAUUUCUCAAAAAGAAUAAGGUGAUGAGAGAAAAUCCAGUCUGACCUUUUUCAUCAUGCAAAAUCACUUUGAUGACUAUGUUUUCUCACAUGGUGUUGGGUAUCAAUGAGUGAUAGUAAAGACGGUUGUGCGUGUGUGCGUGUGUGUGUGUGUGUUUACGACUUCAGGUGAAGUGAUUGCCUUUUCCUGAAGUGUCCUGUUUGUUGGCGAGGAAACCUGAUAUUAAAGCGAGAGAAAACAGGAAGCAACCAAGGGCUGUUUUAGCUUCAAAGAUAUGUCCUUCUAUCUUUCUGAGACAAAAAUCCUUUUUGUCAGUGAAUAUGGCAUCAAAGGUUAAAGCCUGACUACGCAGCAAUAAAUGUUCUCUGUGUACGCCCUGAGUAAACGAUGUCAAUGUGAUUUUUAUCUCCUCAAACACAUACAGUAUCCAUUACUGUCUCUAAUCCGAUCACAUCGCAACCUCUGCCCUCUCGGCGACCAAUCAGUGGAGAGAGACGGGCUGCAAUUGAACGACAUGAAAUAAUGAGGUCAUUGAACUCAGGUCGGGGGGUAAAAACCACUACUCACAUUUUUAAAGAUUAGCUGUAAAGGUGUGCUCAGACUGACCUCGGAGGGAAUUUUGCAGCUUGCUUUAUUCCGCACAAAUUUGACUGCUGGAGUGUUUUUUUUUUUAACGCCGCAGACAGUAGAUGCACCUGCAGUUCCAGAUGUUAGCUGUAACUACCUAACAAUGCACCACCUGUGUGUGUGUAAGCAGAGUGUGCCUUUGUACAGUAUGUAUGUGUGUGUGCUGUGACUUUGGCUCAGACUGAUUUAAAAAAAACUUGCCGGGAGCUCCAGUUUCCUCCUGACUCUUUGUCUCUGCAAAUUCAUGAAGUGAUGAAGUCGAGCGGCGGUGGGAUAAGCACACAUUUUAUCGAAAAAGUAUCUUGACCUGUGCAGACAUGUUUUUUUUGCUUCAACUCACGCUGCCUUGAAAAAAAAACUGUCCACCUCUUCUGUACGAUGAAUUUGUAUGCAGCCACACGGCCUCUGAGAGUUGCUUUUGAGUUCAGUCUGAACACAACUUGAGAGUGUACAAUUCACAUUUGUACAUAUCUUUGUAUCUUGAUCUGCAUGUGUGCAUUGCUGCCAGUGACCAUGAUUAUAUCAUUAGUAUGCAUUUCAUAAAAAUUGUACAAAGAUAAAGGAAAUGCCCCUACA